CGAAGAGGAAAACUAUAAACGGCUGAUCCGCUCUGUGCGUCAGGACGCACAAGAUUACCGCAGAUGGCCUCUGUAGACUAUUCUAAAUCCAGCGGAUGAUUUCAGACCGUUAAGCUUUUUUUUUUUAUUUCAGCUUGCACGAAGGUGAAGAGGAAACAGAUCGCGAACAUUUACACAUCAAGAGUCUAUUCGUGUUACGCAGACGUUUUGCUACGGCGGCACAUUCGCUCUCAUGCUCGCCAUCUAAGCAGCAACGGACGGAGAACACGACUGCAACUUCAAUUUUGUUAUUCUCCCAACUCAGCUCUUCAUAACCCUGCACUAACUCUCAUGUUAUUCUUGUUUUUAAGCAGGACAAUGAUGUCUCUCUUAUUUAUUUUGAUGCCCACACGGGCGCAUUUACGUGAGAAUCUGCUCAGUCCGUGAGGAUUUUCAUCUCACCGCCUUCAUCACAUUUUCACUCGGCUGGAUCUUUUUUUCCCCUCUCUCGUUUUUCGGCGGUUUGUCUUUAAGAUAGCACCCUAUUAAUUUUUAAUUCUUAUGCAUCCGCACGAAGACGGGACCAGAGAGGAGCAAACGAGUGCUUACCAGAGGAGGAGAGAAGGAGGCGAGUGAGGAGGGAGGCGAGAAUGAAUGAGCCACAGUGAGAAAACAAGAAAAAGGAGAUUGGAGGAAUCAAGCAGGAUCCCCCUCAGGGAGGGUGGAAGCUGAGGAAGUGCCGCCCUACUCACCUGUGCCUGCUGACCGCCUCUACGCUUUAAACCUGUCCCCUGCCCCACCCCCUGGUCAGCCUCCAACAUGGCUCGAGCAGUCUGGAUCAUCUUCACCUGUGCUAUGACUUUCAGCAACAUCAGUCCAUCUUUGCAGGCUCUGGGCCGGUCAAUGAUGCCCUUCGGCUUGAUGCGACGGGAGCUGGCAUGUGAAGGCUACCCCAUCGAGCUGCGCUGCCCUGGAAGCGAUGUCAUCAUGAUUGAGACGGCCAACUACGGCCGCACAGAUGACAAGAUAUGUGAUGCUGACCCCUUCCAGAUGGAGAAUGUGCAGUGCUACCUUCCUGAUGCCUUCAAGAUCAUGUCACAGAGGUGUAAUAACCGCACCCAGUGUGUGGUGGUUGCAGGGUCAGAUGUGUUCCCAGACCCCUGCCCAGGGACCUACAAGUACCUGGAGAUCCAGUACGAGUGUGUCCCCUACAAAGUGGAUCAAAAAGUCUUUGUGUGUCCGGGGACUCUUCUGCGUGUGCAGGCGGCUAGCUCUCUGCAGGAGGCGGAGCACCAGGCGGGGGCGUGGUGCAAGGACCCGCUGCAGUCUGGGGACCGUCUAUACGUCAUGCCCUGGACCCCCUAUCGCACCGACAUGCUGUACGAGUACGCCUCCUGGGAAGACUUCAAACAGAACCGAGCCACCACCACCUACAAGUUGCCAAACAGAGUUGACGGGACGGGCUUUGUUGUGUAUGAUGGUGCGGUGUUUUACAACAAAGAACGCACACGAAACAUUGUCAAGUAUGACUUACGGACACGAAUCAAGAGCGGCGAGGCCAUUAUCACAAAUGCCAACUACCAUGACACCUCGCCAUACCGCUGGGGAGGGAAAUCAGACAUCGACCUGGCUGUGGAUGAGAAUGGCCUCUGGGUGAUCUACGCCACUGAGUCCAACAACGGGCGACUGGUGGUCAGCCAGGUGAACCCUUACACCCUACGCUUUGAAGGCACCUGGGAGACCAGCUUCGACAAGCGGAUGGCCUCCAACGCCUUCAUGGCAUGUGGUGUGCUCUACGCUGUACGAUCAGUCUACCAGGAUGAUGACAGCGAAGCAGGCGGUGACCUUGUGCUGUAUGCCUACAAUACCAACCGUGCCCGAGAGGAGCCUGUCAGCAUCCCUUUCCCAAACCCGUACCAGUAUAUUUCCUCUGUGGACUACAACCCUAGAGACAACCAGCUUUAUGUGUGGAACAACUACAAUGUGCUGCGGUACACACUGGAGUUUGGACCACCGGACCCCACUACAGGCCCUUUGACAACAACUCAAGUGACCACCACUCUUCCAGCCAGGCCCUUCACCUCCAGUGCCAGCCCCACCACAGCGCGCCCGCUGGCCCCUACAUCCCGCCCCAUCGGCUCCAUCAACAAGCACCCUGAUCUCCGACCAAUCACAGCCACUGUGCCUGUCACACGCCGGCCACCCCGCCCUCCUCAAGGCCCCGAGCCCCAUGUAUGUGAGGCCAAGCUGGUCCGUGGUGUCCAGUGGCCCACCACACAGAGAGGAGAGACAGUGGAUCGCCCAUGUCCCAAAGGAUCUCUUGGCAUCGCUUCGUUCCAGUGCUUGGAGGAUCAGGUCAUGUGGAACCCACGGGGUCCUGACCUCAGUAACUGCACCUCCCCAUGGGUCAGCCAGGUGGCCCAGAAGAUUAAAAGCGGCGAGAAUGCUGCCAACAUUGCUGGAGAGCUGGUGAACCACACACGGGGUCGCAUCCAGGCCGGAGAUGUUAGCUCAUCUGUGCGACUCAUUGAGCAACUGCUGGACAUCCUAGAUGCUCAGCUUCAGGCCCUGAGGCCUGGAAACAAGGAGUCAGCAGCAAGAAACUACAACAAGCUCCAGAAGCGAGAGCGGACCUGCCGAGCUUACAUCCAGGCGGUGGUGCAGACAGUGGACAACUUGCUGCGCCCCGAGGCCUUGGAGUCGUGGCAGGACAUGAACAGCACAGAGCAGGCCCACACUGCCACCAUGUUGCUGGACGUCCUGGAGAAAGGAGCAUUCCUGCUUGCCAACAACAUGUAUGGGAAUCGUUUCUCUGACAGAGCUCCCAGCAUUGAUCUGGAGGUGCAUGUUCUGAACACAGAGAUGGACCUGCAGAAUUUGUCCUUCCCACAGAACUAUGCCAGUGACAGCACCAUCCAGCUAUCAGCUACCACUAUCAAACAGUACAGUCGCAACGGACAAGUCAAGGUGGUGUUUAUCCUUUACAAAAACUUGGGUUCCUUCCUCUCCACUGAGAAUGCCACAGUAAAAAUGGAGGUGGACGGGCCAAGCCACGAUAAGAAGCGCCUGGCCGUUAACUCCCAUGUGAUUGCUGCCUCCAUCAACAAAGAGUCCAACAGAGUGUUUCUCACCGAGCCAGUGGUCUUCACACUCAAACACCUACAGAUGGAGAAUUACUACACUCCAAACUGCUCCUUCUGGAACUACUCUGAGCGCUCCAUGACAGGCCAGUGGUCGUCACAGGGCUGCAGACUGCUGGACACCAACAACACUCACACCACCUGCUCCUGCAGCCACCUCACCAACUUCGCCGUGCUCAUGGCUCACCAUGAGCCCGAUUACCAGGGACGAAUGCACGAACUGAUCCUGUUUGUGAUCACCUGGGUGGGGAUUGUCAUCUCCCUGGUGUGUCUGGCCAUCUGCAUCUCCACUUUCUGCUUCCUGCGAGGUCUGCAGACCGACCGUAACACCAUCCACAAGAACCUCUGCAUCAACCUGUUCAUCGCUGAGCUGCUCUUCCUCAUCGGCAUCGACAAGACUGAAUAUCAUAUUGCCUGUCCCAUCUUUGCUGGCCUUCUGCAUUUCUUCUUCUUGGCUGCCUUCUCCUGGAUGUGUCUGGAGGGUGUGCAGCUCUAUCUCAUGCUGGUGGAGGUCUUUGAGAGCGAGUACUCCCGCAAAAAGUACUACUAUCUGUGCGGCUACUGCUUCCCCGCACUGGUGGUGGGCAUCUCUGCAGCCAUAGACUACAGGAGCUAUGGGACCAAGAAAGCAUGCUGGCUGCGAGUGGAUAACUACUUCAUCUGGAGCUUCAUUGGACCCGUUUCAUUUGUUAUUAUGCUCAACCUCAUUUUCCUCAUGAUUACUUUGCACAAGAUGAUUCGCAACUCUUCAGCACUCAAACCUGACUCCAGCCGUCUGGAUAACAUUAAGUCUUGGGCUCUGGGAGCUAUCGCUCUGCUCUUCCUGUUGGGGCUCACAUGGGCUUUCGGCCUCCUAUUUAUCAAUGAGAAUACUGUCAUCAUGGCGUACUUGUUCACCACCUUCAACGCCUUCCAGGGCAUGUUCAUCUUUAUCUUCCACUGUGCCCUGCAGAAGAAGGUCCAUAAGGAGUACAGUAAGUGUCUGCGUCACUCCUACUGCUGCAGCCGCACCUCCACCACCAGCUCCCACGGCUCCCUGAAGAACUCGGGUCUGCGUGCCAACAACCGCUACUACAGCGGCAGCCAAGCUCGCCACGCAGCGGCCCACAGACAGAGUCGGAUCCGCAGGAUGUGGAACGACACGGUUCGGAAGCAGACGGAAUCUUCUUUCAUGGCGGGAGAUAUCAAUAGUACCCCGACACUCAACCGUGCAACCAUGGGCAACCACCUUUUGACAAACCCGGUGUUACAGACUCGCACUGGUACCUCUCCGUACAACACUCUGCUGGCUGAGAGUUUCACCCCGCCUUCACCUGGCGUCUUCAACUCUACCGGAACCUUCCGCGACCCGAAAAGCACGUUAUCCAAUGCCCGCGACCCCUGUGGGAUGGAAACUCUGCCCUUGAAUGGUAACUUCAACAACAGCUACUCCCUCCGCAGUGGCCCAGGGGGAGGAGGUGGAGGCAGCUGUGACUUCCUUGGUGGUGGAGGCGGAGACAGUCCCCCUGCCCUCUUCAACGCCCGGGGAUCAGAGGCAAUGGGAGGUGGAGGCAUCCGACGAAACCUCUCUGACGCUGCUGCCUUUGAGAAAAUGAUCAUCUCUGAGCUUGUGCACAACAACCUGAGAGGUGGUGUAGGAGGAGGAGGAAGUGGAGGAGGCGGAGGUGAGGGAGGGGACAGAGGGUGUGGCAGCCUGGCCAGGGGACGCCCACAUGGUGGGGUCGGUCAGGGGACAACAGGGGCUGGCCCAGAGCCAUCCAUGAGUAUGGAUGAAGACGAAGACUUUCUGAGAGAGGGGAGGCAGCGCACGCCACAGGAUGUGGAGCUGCUUUAUAAAGCUCUAGAGGAACCACUGCUGUUACAACGUGCCCAGUCAGUCCUCUACCAAAGUGACCCUGAGGAGUCCGAGAGCUACACUGCCGAUCUCACGGAGAGCAUCGGAAACAGCGGACAUAGUGGCCAGAGUAACAGUGGGCAGGGAGGCAACAGAGCACCAGACUCACCUGCCCGUGACUCCCUGUACACCAGCAUCACCAACCUGCGAGACUCACCUUACCCAGACAGCAGUCCUGAGCCCCUGGAGGUGGUGCCUCGCUCGGCGCAGCCCCCUGAGGAGUUGUACUACAGCUCUGGGAGGCCUGCCCUGGGCUCUAGGGGGGCCCCAAUGCAGACCUUCUACCAGGCUCAACAACGGAGACCAAGUGGGGAGGGACACGUGGCUCAGGAGCCCGCACAUAGUGAGGGAGACGGACAGAUGCAGCUGGUCACCAGCCUGUGACUGGAGCCUGAUGGACUAAGUCUGAGACUCUAAUGUGACGGCCAGAGCUGCCUCUUAGCCCGCCUCGUUCUCGCCUCUCUCCACUUUCUGCUUGUUUGGUUGCCUUCUUUCUCUGACUUUUAUUUAACUAACACAUGAGCAAACAGAGUGACCUUCAGGGGGGAGUUGUGGCUGACUCUGCAGAAUCAGCCUUUGUUUUAACCCUCCUCCCAUCUUAUGGAGAUGAGUGAUGGAUGUUUUUCAGCAGAGCAUUCAGCGCCUUUCUCUGUCCCCAGCCCUCCCCAGUUCCAUUGGUACCCUAAGGCCAAGUCCAGCACUCUGAAUGUACCGAUCCACCCCCUUUACCUUCAAAUAUUUUAAAACUUACAAACUUUGUUAAAGUUUUUUAUGUAAUUUCUCUUCAGACCUGCCUGCGGAGAUGAGAAUAUCAUUUUAUAUUUUGUCUCAUUUCCUUUUCGUACCACCCAUUGGUGUUUUUGGAGUCUUCAUUUGAUAGGAGUAGUUAACUGUGGAGACAGGGACUUUAGUACACAAUUAUAACCUAAAAAAAUGUCUCACAGAAAGCUCUUCACUGUUGCCAAAAAUAUCUUUAUUGAGCCAGAACAGAAACUAGAACAUUCACAAGGCAAACACAUGCACAUAUCACACAUACAGACACUCACUCAUCCAGAAGUGCUCAUUACUGAACAUCAAAAGUGAAAACAGUACUCCAUGUAAGUAAAAGGGAGCAAGAGCUUUUGUUCCAAGCAGGCAGUGGGAGCUGAUUCAGUGUAGUUGCCUUCAUUUUCUCUUGCUGUGAAUCAACGACGAUGAACAAAAGUGGAGUAGAGGCAGAGACGCAGACUGAGGAGACCCUGCACCACCCCUCCGCAGGAGGAGAACCUGCAUCCAAAAGACUGGCCAAUCCUCUCCACUGUUCUGUCUGGUUGUUUGCUUUAGGCAUUUGAAAAGUUAAAUGACUGCCUUGCUAUUGUUUUGAUGAGAGUAUUAAAUUUGUUGACUUUUCUGCAUCCUUUGGGGGCCUGCAGAGUGAACAGGUGUCGCCCCCUCCCCUUGUACUUUGCUGAUAGAGCCUAGUCAGUCGAAGUGGACUUGUUUCCUGUGUGCUGUUGUGACAAGCAAGACUGUAAACGUCGCAAACGCACUGGUUGAUACAAUUGGUAUAAAUGUGUACAUAGGAACCACACAUGAAUCUACUUUAUUCCUACUAUGUAAAUAGAGACACCAGAUGAUCAAAAGCAACAAAACAUAACAAAUACUAUGAAAAAUGACUUCUUGUACUGCAACAG